AUGUGGCCUUCUGAAGGAGGAGGUCGCCAAGCAGAGGGAACAGCAAGUGGAGUGUGCCUGGAAAGUUCAAAGACGAGCAAUGAAGACAGUGUGGCUGGAAAACAGAGAGCAAAGCAAAGAUCAGGAGGAGGUGAGGUCAGAAAGGUGGCAGGCAGGAAGCUGGUGGCCGCAAAGAAGACGAAAAAGUCACUGGAGUCGAUCAACUCCAGGCUCCAGCUUGUUGUGAAAAGUGGAAAGUACGUGCUGGGGUACAAGCAGACUCUGAAAAUGAUCAGACAUGGCAAAGCGAAACUGGUCAUCCUCGCCAACAACUGCCCAGCCUUGAGGAAAUCUGAAAUAGAAUACUAUGCCAUGUUGGCCAAAACUGGUGUCCAUCACUACAGUGGCAAUAAUAUUGAAUUGGGCACAGCAUGUGGGAAAUACUACAGAGUAUGCACACUGGCUAUCAUUGAUCCAGGUGAUUCUGAUAUCAUUCGAAGCAUGCCAGAACAGACUGGUGAAAAGUAAAUCACGCAUAAUUUUUCUUUAAUAAAACUGGCCACAGCUUGUUUAAAAAAAAAAAAAAGAA